UUAGUACAAUGCGGUUUAAUUAAUAUUUUAAGAGCUGCAUGUUGAACUUGUUAUAUUUGCUAUUUGUUGAGGGCUUGCAUGUAGUUAGUAGUUAGAAUGAGAAGUAUUCUAAAACGGGAGAGCUAUGGCAUGGCAAUUUUGAAUGGGAAUAUUAGUAGCAGUUCUCCGCAACACGCAUCAUACAAGUUCCUGAUCUAUGGUAAAGGCUGGGUUGGCGGUCUACUGGGAAAAAUCUGCGAGAAACAAGGAAUCUGCGAGAAACAAGGAAUUCCAUUCGAGUAUGGAAAAGGACGUCUGGAGAAUCGAGAACAGCUUUUGGCUGAUAUUCAGACUGUUAAGCCCACGCAUGUUCUUAAUGCUGGUUGUGUAACUGGAAAGCCCAAUGUUGAUUGGUGCGAAACUCAUAAGACAGAAAUUAUUCGUACUAAUGUUGCAGGUACACUGAAUUUAGCUGAAGUCUGCAGAGAGCAUGGACUCCUGAUGAUGAAUUAUGCUACUGGAUGCAUAUAUGAGUACGACGCCAAACAUCCAGAAGGUUCUGGCAUUGGGUUUAAAGAAGAAGAAACGCCUAAUUUUCACGGCUCCUUUUAUUCAAAAACUAAGGCCAUGGUUGAAGAGCUAUUGAAAGAAUUUGACAAUGUAUGCACGCUCAGAGGACGGAUGCCAAUAUCUUCGGACCUCAACAAACCAGGAAACUUCAUCAACAAAAUCACACGUCAUAAUAAGGUGAUCAACAUUCCCAACAGUAUGAGCGUGAUAGAUGAACUUCUUCCUAUCUCAAUUGAGAUGGUCAAGCGCAAUCUCACGGGAAUAUGGAACUUCACCAACCCUGGUGUGAUAAGCCAUAAUGAGGUUCUGGAGCUGUACAAAGAAUAUAUAGAUCCAGCUUUUAAAUGGUCCAACUUCAUUCUAGAAGAGCAAGCCAAGGUUGUAGUAGCAGCUCGGAGCAAUAACGAGUUGGAUGUGUCCAAGCUUAAGGCCGAGUUUCCUGAGUUGCUAUCAAUUAAAGAUUCGCUGAUCAAAUAUGUCUUUGAGCCUAAUAAAAAGGUUUAGGGGCCUAAAAUAUAACCUGCUGAACGUUAUUGUCCAGGCAACUUAUGAACUUGGGUUGAAAAAUAAGAAUUAAUAAUUAUGUUUGUGUAAUAAUGUAAAAUUAAAGUCUGGAGUAUGAAUAGCGUGCAGUAUGUGGAAUAAGUUAAGUGUGUGGCAUGUAAUGAAUGAGGACAGAGUUUGUAGGUUGUACUAUGCAUUAUAUAUCUCCUGUUUUGAUGUGUUCUGUAUAA